UUAGAGAGAAGAGAGAGAGUUUUGUGAUGGCCCUCAUAGUGCGCAGACUUGGAGUCAACAAAAUCAUUUGCGGCCCUUCUCGUUUGAUGAGCUUAAAAAUGGGCAACUCCUCAUAAUCCACCACAACAACAGCAAGAACAGAGCACGCCAGAGCACUAGGAAUCCAAUGAAUCCCAAUUCACUCAAAAUGGGUUUCUCAAAAGAAGAGAAAUCCAAGCGUUUAUGGAGAGGAAUCAAAACCCUUUUCUUCUUAAUCACCAUGUUGAUUUCCCUUCUCCUUUUGUCCGCCCCUGUUCUUCUCGUCAUCGCCGAUGCCCUUCUUCCCUCUGCUCUUCUCUCUGCUUCUCUUUACCCUUACUCCUUUUCCCUCAAAUCCCUUCCUUCUCAUCUCACAAACUACGAUUUUAGAUCCUCCCUCGUCGAUAUCCCUCUCAUUUCCCUCCUAAGAUCCGCCAUCAUUUUCUGUGUUUAUAGCUUUUGCGAUGGGCCGAGGCUCUCGCGAGGGCCGUAUUUGGGGAUCACCACGUUUUGUUCUGUGAUUUCCUUGGUGUUUGUCUCGUUCAAGGCUUGGUUUGUGUUUGGUAGUGGCUUGUUGGAUGUUGGUCGAGGCAUGGAGGUGGCUUUGUUUAUGUGCUCUCUGCUUUUGGCUGUUGCCCAUGUUGCUGUGGCGUAUAGGACGAGUUGCAGAGAGAGGAGAAAGCUCCUGGUUUACAAGAUUGAUAUUGAAGCGGUUUCUGCUUGCAAGAGCGGUUUCCCCAGGCACCAAAAGAUUCUUCAAAAGGAAUGGGUGAAGUAAAACACCAUCACAGUUCAUCAGAACUUGUUUCCAUUGAACUUGUUUCGCCCGGUCUUCAGGUUUCAGAUUUUUUGGUUGGAUUUGGAGAUUCAGGAGGUGGUGCAAAGCUAACUAACAUCUGUAAAUUAUUUGAUUGUGUUAGUAUGAAUAUACACUAUAGAAACAUACAAUUUUGCCUCAUAUUUAGCGGUCGAAUUUAUCUGAUGUAAAAUGUAUAGUUUGGAUCAGUACAAAUAAAAAUGGUAAAAGGCCUUGUGAUCUUAUGAUAUUCAGCUUCCGAGUCCGACCUUCU